AUGAACUCACAGUCACCUCUAACAGAACCAGAUGCAGACACAAUUAAAAUGUUUGUAGGGCAAAUACCUAGGUAUAUGGAUGAAAAUGACCUGCAUAAAAUAUUUGAUGAGUUUGGGCCAGUUCAUCAACUUAACAUUUUGCGUGAUAAACCAACAGGACAAAGCAAAGGUUGUUGUUUUGUAACGUUUUAUACAAGAAGAGCAGCUUUGGAAGCUCAGAAUGUUUUGCAUAAUGUCAAAACUUUGCCUGGAGUAUGUAACUCUUCCACUCUUUUAUCAAAAUUUUUAAUUUUCUAG